AUGCCAUUCACAGCCCAAGAACGGAAGAAGGUUGAAAGACUCAGACGGAAGUACAGAAUUGAAUUCCGCGGAGAGCUUCCAAGCCAUGAAUGGCCUGAUGUCCACCGUCCGAUUUUUACCGCGGUUGAUGAGCUAGGAAAGAGGCAAUUCGACACCUAUGCGGCUUGUACGACAGCUAUUGAAGAUGCACCAUGGACAGCAGAAAUAAAGAAAUAUGCUGAUGAACUCUCUGAACGGGCUAAGCGCUGUGCGAGGCGAAAUGAAUCGACCUGGCGGUUUGCGUGCGAACCUUACGUGUUGGCUCGACUUACUUCAGAAGUCGUAUGCAAGUUUUGUCGGAAGAGAGUAUGGCGUUCGGAAAUCGAAGCGACAAGUGAGGGGAACUCGACUAUGACAGAAGCCCUGCGUGUUCGGCAGAAUAAACGAAAGCCAUGUCGAUGUUCGCGAGACUUCAGGCUUGGGGAUUCGCCGCGCAGAAUGGAAGCUAUCGGGCUGAAUCGGAUUUUUGGCCAUCGGGAAGAUGAACUAAUACACCACGAUCCAACUAUCCAGAAAGAACUACCAAGUGCUACAAAGCCAGAUGCGAUCUACGGACUUCGACAGACUCGAAACAUUGAAAACCUCUUGAACGACACAGCCUGUAUAGGUAGACCGGAGGAUGAUCAGGAUAUGCUUGUUCAUGAGAUCCUGGGAGAUCCUCCGCUCAGUGAGGAGGGAGAUCCAGUGGUGUUCCCAUUUCUUCUUCUCGAGGCAAAGUCAGCGAAGUCGGCCGAUAGCGAUUGGAAUUCUAUUAAGUUGCAAUCCGCGUUUCCGGUGCGGACACUGUUAUGCACGCAGGAGUUGUUGAAGAAUAUGACUGAGCGGCACGCGAAGCGGCACGCUGAGCCAUUAGUCUGGUUACUAAUGAAUAGAGGAGAGGAUUGGCGAGUGUCUGUGGCAUGCGUAUGUAAUGGUACAGGCGAGAAACCUGGGACUAUUGGUACUACUGAAUAUGUUCGUUUCAACCUGGGGAUCUUGGUCCAAGAGAUGUUUCCUGGAGUAAAGGUGGCGCAUGCUAAUUUUCUCCCAGCAAAUUUUUGA